AAAAACAAAACCAACGCAUUAAGAAAUAAACAAAUUAAAUAAACAAUAAAAAUAGGCAAAAAAGUUUAAACCGGUUGCACACACAAGAAACAUACACAACAAAAAAACACGUCACUUGCGGCCGCUCAACGUUCAACAGCAAUCAACAACAUCAACGUCCUUUUCGGGCUCAAGGACAUACCACCGCCCAUAGAGACAGCGGGAUCUGAGGCAGAGAGAGAGAGAGAGACGGAGUCGGAGACGGUGACGGUAUAAAUAUGUCAGAGCGAAGAACUCACCCACAGAUGGGGCCACCGCCGCCGCCCCCCAAGCCAAACAAAUCGCAGACAUCGAAUGGGGGCAAUGGAAAUGGGAAUGGAAAUGGGAACGUGGAUGCCAACGGGGUCCUGCCGAAUGGCAACAGCAACAACAGUUAUAACAGCAGUAACAGUAACAGUAACAACAAAAUCCACGGCAAUAAAAGUGUCGCAGCCCCGCCGCUGGCUGUUGGAGGCGAACAGAACGAGCAGCAGCAGAACACGAGCGUCUCUCGUAGGAGCCAGACACCGCCGCGGACAGAGCAGGUCGUGAUGACGCCCCGAGGCAAGACAGCCAACAGCACGGUGAUCCUCAUUGAGAGGAAGCUGGUGGAUGAGAUCAACGAUCGGGUGCACGUGGCCGGUGGCGAUCACACGGGCAUCAUCAUAAACAAGGACACGGUGGCUGGCCAGAAGAGCGCCAGCAAGGCGGCGGCCUUGUCCCUCGAGUUUCGGGUGUUCCUGGUGAGCGCCAACACGGGCAAGCACUCGCAGGAGUCGCGCACGUUGCGUUUCUGGUUUCGCGAUUGGCUGACCAACGACGAGAAGCAAGCGCACAUUGCCCAGGACUUCUUCAAGGAGCUGGUCAGUCCGCAGGACUUUCCCCGAGACUAUGUGGGCUUCAUCAAGAAGAUCAUGAAGCUGAUGCAGCACGGCUACUCGGAGAUUCAGUCGAUCGAGAUCGAGCUGCGCAUUCUGGAGCAGACGUCGGCGCCGCCCUCACGUCCGCCUCGGGAUGGUUACAUCAUCUAUUGCUACGGCGAUUGCAAUCGCAAGUUCGAGGAGGCGCUGCUGGCGCAGAAGAAAACAGUUUCGCUGGAGGAGUCGCAGUUUGAAUCUCCGCCACUGACACAGGAGAAGGUGCUCGAGCUGAUCGAGCAGGCCUACCCCAAUCCCGUUUCGCCCGAGGAUCUGGCCAAGGACUACGGAUGGAGCGAACAGGAUGUGCUGCUGGUCAUACAGUCGCUGCAGGAGCGUGGCCUGAUCAAGUCGAUGGAGUACAAUGCCUACACACGCAUCCACCACGAGGACAAGGAGAUCAAGGUGGUGAAGCAGAUGCCAACGAUAGCGUCCAACAAGCAGCCGACGAUUGCCAUCAUAACGGCGCAAUACUGCGAGAAGCUGGCCGUGGACGCGAUGCUCGAGAACAAGGAGACAUUCGUUCGCUAUACCACAGUCGAUUCCGAUCCCAAUCUAACGAACACCCUAAGAAAAUCCAAAAAGAAACGAAGAUUUGGCGAAUCGAAUGUUUAUACUUUGGGCAAUAUUGGAGCGCAUCGGAUAGUGAGCACGAAGCUGCCAUCGGUGGGCAGCACCAGGGAGGCGAUGACGGCCACGGGCAAUACGACCACUCGGCUCCUGGGCACAUUCCAAAAGGUGGACUUUGUCUUCAUUGUGGGUGUCGCUGGCGGCGUGCCCCACUACACCGACUACAAGAAGCACGUGAGGCUGGGCGAUGUGGUCAUCUCGUAUGUGGACAAGCAGCGGGCACUGUUAAGCAACAGCAGCAAGGAGAAACCUUAUGUUUAUUUGUACAAGAGCGGCGAGGAUGUGAAGACGUAUUUCCCGAUCAAUGACUCACUGCAGCAGAUCGCCGAGAGCCUGCAGGCCAACAUGGAGCUGAAGCGUCCGUGGGAGUCGUACCUGGGUCAGGCCCAGCAGACGCUCGCCCAGAAGACGGAGAGCGACUUUGGCCGGCCGGACCCAAAGACGGACAAGCUCUUCAUGAACAUUGGCAACAAUGAGGUCAUCGAGGUGGCCCAUCCCAUUGCCGCCGACGAGUUGAACGGUGUGCCACGCCUGCGGCUGCAUCUCGGUCCCAUAGGCUCUGGCCGCGAUCUCGUACGCAGCGAUGAUCUGCGCACUCAGUUCGCCCGCAAGUACGGCCUCCUGGCCACCGAUGUCGAGAUGAGCAGCGUCCUGGACAGCAUUAUUGGCAAUUGCCGCGAGAGCUUCAUUCUGGUCAAGGGCAUAUCCGACUACAAGGACGGCAUGUCCACCCGCAAGUGGCAGAACUUUGCCGCCCUUUCGGCGGCAUCCGUGGUCAAGUCGGUCAUCUGCGGCAUGGAUGCGCCCACCAAUGUCUGAGCGGCAUGGCUAUCUCAACUACACUUCAGACCAGUGGGGACUGGGGCCCGCACUCCAUGCCUGUGGCGGAAGGCUGCCUGGCUGGCGGGCUGGCGGGGGCUGGGCUUCUUCUGGUAAACCAAAAUGUAUGCCAAUCGUGGGAAAACGAUUGCAUUGCGAGUAAUGAAAAAUGAAUGUUUGAGUAAUGUGUAUUCAAUAAUUUCUUGUUAUUUAUUUUGUUAUAACUUUUGUACUAC